CGCGGUGCUCGAGUCGGCCGUCGCCUCGCGCCGGCUGCUUCUCAGCUGAACCGGAGCCCGAGGCUUAGACGGCGACAGGCUGAAGCGACGGUGGAGGCGACCCCGCCCCGGGGCUCCUUUGUUGCGGCGGCAGCGGCUCUGCAGGGUGCUCGGUUCCCCGGCGCUGGCGGCAGGAGCGGGCGCUGCCGAGGCGGCGGCCUGAGCAAUGGAAGAGUUAAUAGUUGAACUCCGUCUCUUUCUGGAGCUCCUGGACCAUGAGUACCUGACGUCCACCGUCAGAGAGAAGAAGGCCGUCAUCGCCGACAUCCUGCUGCGGGUCCAGGCGGCCAAAGGUGUGGACGUGCGAGACCAUGCCCCGAAGCUGGAGACGCCCAGCAGCCUGCCGGCCCCUCCCCAGAUGCCCCUGCCGGAGAUCCCGCAGCCGUGGCUGCCGCCUGACAGCGGGCCACCCCCGCUGCCCACGUCCUCGCUCCCGGAGGGCUACUACGAGGAGGCCGUGCCCCUGAGUCCUGGGAAGGCUCCGGAGUACAUCACCUCAAAUUAUGACUCGGACGCCAUGAGCAGCUCUUACGAGUCGUACGACGAAGAGGAGGAGGAUGGGAAGGGGAAGAAGAUGCGACACCAGUGGCCCUCGGAGGAGGCCUCCAUGGACCUGGUGAAGGACGCCAAGAUCUGUGCCUUCCUGCUGCGCAAGAAGCGCUUCGGGCAGUGGACCAAGCUGCUCUGCGUCAUCAAGGACACCAAACUGCUGUGCUACAAGAGUUCCAAGGACCAGCAGCCGCAGAUGGAGCUGCCUCUCCCGGGCUGCAGCAUCACGUACAUCCCGAAAGACGGCAAGAAGAAGAAGCACGAGCUGAAGAUCACGCAGCAGGGCACGGACCCCCUGGUCCUGGCGGUGCAGAGCAAGGAGCAGGCCGAGCAGUGGCUGCGGGUGGUCAAAGAAGUCUACAGCGGCUGCAGCGGGCCCGUGGACUCCGAAUGCCCCCCGCCCUCGAGCUCGCCCGUGCACAAGGCGGAACUGGAGAAGAAACUGUCCUCAGAGAGACCGAGCUCGGACGGGGAGGGCGUCACCGAAAACGGAGUCGCCGUGUGUGACGGGAAGGAACCAGUUAAGAGGAAAAAAAGCUCCAAAUCAGAGGGCAAGGGGACCGUGUCUAAAGUCACCGGGAAGAAGAUCACCAAGAUCAUCAGCCUGGGGAAGAAGAAGCCGUCCACCGACGAGCAGACCUCGUCCGCCGAGGAGGACGUGCCCACCUGCGGCCACCUGAGCGUGCUCUCCAACAACCGCUGGCGGGAGCGCUGGUGCCGGGUCAAGGACAACAAGCUGGUGCUGCACAAGGACCGGACCGACCUGAAGAGCCACAUCGCCUCCAUCCCUCUGCGCGGCUGUGAGGUGAUCCCGGGCUUGGACUCCAGGCACCCCCUGACCUUCCGGCUGCUUCGCAACGGGCAGGAGGUGGCCGUGCUGGAGGCGUCUUCCUCUGAAGACAUGGGCCGGUGGAUCGGGGUCCUGCUGGCGGAGACGGGGUCCUCGGCAGACCCCGCGGCUCUGCACUACGACUACAUAGACGUGGAGACAUCCGCGAGCGUCACCCAGGCGGCCAAGCAGACCUUCUGCUUCAUGAACCGGCGCGUCAUCUCCACCAACCCGUACCUCGGGGGCACCGCCAACGGCUACGCCCACCCCAGCGGCACGGCGCUGCACUACGAUGACGUCCCCUGCGUCAACGGCUCGUGGGACCCUGCCGCCGCCCCCGGCAGCGCAGGCCGGGGCGAAGAGGUGCUGUACGAUAACGCGGGCCUGUACGAUAACUUGCCGUCUCCGAAAAUCUUUGCGCGCUACCCGCCCGCCGACAGAAAGGCUUCUUCCAGGCCGCCUGCCGGCCCCCUGCCCUGUAACCACUGUGCGCGCCCCGCGCCCUGCGGGCCGCCUUCCGCUCACUCUGUCACUAACACCUCUUCUGUGGGGCGGGCGUCUCUCGGGCUCGGCUGCCAGGUGAAGGGGAAGAAGCCCCCAGUGGCGUCCAACGGGGUUGCGGGAAGAGGCAAGGCUGUGGGCAGCCCGCAAAAGCGGGCUGCCUCAGCCGCCGGCGUGACGCGCACACCCUCAAAUGCUGACCAGUACAAAUACGGCAAGAACCGGGUCGAGGCGGACGCCCGGCGGCUGCAGACCAAGGAGGAGGAGCUGCUGAGGCGGAAGGAAGCCCUGAGGACCAGGCUGGCCCAGCUCCGGAAGGAGAGGAAGGACCUGCGGGCCGCCAUUGACGUGAACACCGGCAGGAAGACGCAGCCGGUCCUGGAGGAGAAGCUGAAGGCGCUGGAGGAGGAGUGCCGGCGGAGGGAGGCAGAGCGCGUCAGCCUGGAGCUGGAGCUGACCGAGGUCAAGGAGAGCCUCCGGAAGGCCCUGGCCGGCGGGAUCACGCUGGGGCUGGCCAUCGAGCCCCGGUCGGGGACCUCGAGUCCGCAGUCCCCUGGGAGCAGGCACCGGCCGCUGGAGAGCUCACCCCUGUCCAGCUGCGAGACCAGUGACGCCGAGGGCCCGGUGCCCGUGAACAGCGCGGCCGUCCUGAAGCAGAGCCAGCCGGCUGGCAGUGCCCCCUGCCGCGGCCACGUGCUUCGGAAGGCCAAGGAGUGGGAGCUGAAGAACGGGACGUAGAGGGAGCCCGAGAGAUGCUGCCGCGGACGCCCGGACCCUCACGAGUAUUUUUCUACUGUAUGACGGUGCCCUUAAAGGAGUUUUCCUGCAGCCCUUGGUUCCCACUUGAUUUGUUGCAGAC